AUGUGUAAUUCUAGAUUAAUGUGGUCAGAACAAGAAGUAUAUGACUUUGAAUUAACAGUAUUAGAUACUCUUUAUUUCAAAACAACUUACGUUACCACUUAUUCUUUUUUUAUUCAAUUAUUAAAUUUAUUUGAUAUUGUUUUACCAUCAUCAUUUAACUCAACAAUAAUUUUUCCUUAUGUUUAUGCUACAUUAAUCUCAUCAGAAUUCCUUAAUACUUCAGUUCCAAUUCUUGGUACAUCUCUUUUAUUAUAUUGUAUUAACCAACAAGAUGUUUUCAAGUUUCUAGAAGAUAAUAUUUUUGAAGAUGUACUUCGUAAUAUUAAAAAAAUGUGUAAUUUUUACAAUAUUUCAUUUAAUGAAUUAGAAAAAAUUACUGACACAAUUGGUUCAUUCACACUAUUUUUAUUAGAACAAGGACAAUUACCUAAUUUCCAAGGUAUACAACAGGUACUUCUAUAA